CCUGCUCCCACCUCCUCCCCGCAUGAUCCUGUGUGUAUUUAAUACAAUCAUCCUCCCUUCAUUACACCAUCAAACUUUUAUCAACGACCGCACUACAUCAAUAUUUAAUCCCAUAUAUACGCACAUCACCGUCAUCACUCAAAAUGGCUUCAUCAAUCGAUCCUCGCAAGGAUGACAAUAUUAGCCAUGCCGGUGGAUCAACCAUCAAUGGUACCCAGCGAACGGUCCGCAGCGAUAGCCCUCUAGUACACGUCCAACCUCCCAGAAGAGAAGACCUUCAACCCAGCUAUGCUCAAGUACUUCAAGGCGAUGAUGCAUCCGCUCAUGGAUGGUACGGAAGCAUGAGUUAGUAACCUGAAUUCACCACAGGUAGCUUACCCGCUAACAUCAUCUAGUCAACGCUCUGGGAUCUUGCGUUGGAACGAUGGGUGCUAUUCCAUGUUGUAUCUUUUGUCCUAACCCAUACAAACCCGUCUCACAGGGAAAUGUUGGACUGGUCACCAAGUUCGGUCGCUUCUACCGUGCAGUGGACCCAGGUAUCGUGAAGAUCAACCCUCUAAGUGAACGUCUCAUUCAAGUUGACGUUAAGAUUCAAAUCGUUGAUAUGUAG